GUGUCCAAAAUAAUAAUAUUUAAGUGGUAUUCGUAAGUUAUGUAUCGUGGGCAUUAUUUUACAGGAGUGAUGGAGAAUAUGAAUCCAGAAGAUAAACUCUCUCAGGAAGUGGGUCUUAAAGAUGACGCAUUGCUGGUUACGGAUCGAGAAUUAGAAAAUCUACAUCCUGGCCAAAUCAUAGAAGUAUUUGCCAAUGAUAUGAAAAACUCAAUCUCAAAAUGGAAUGAUGUUGUUCGACAAUCUAUGGAAGCAGAAGCCAUGCAGAUGGCCAAAUUUGAAAAUUUGUUAAAGCAAGCAUAUGUUCUAGAGGCUGAGUGUUUGAAAGAGAAACUAGAGAGAGUAAAAAGGCGCAUUGAAGGGAAGAUUUAAAAGCGCUUUACUGAUCAUUUUCUUCUAUCUUAUACGUCUAAUCUGUACAAUUUCACAGCUCAGUUCAAUUAACGCCAAUAAACUGUAAAUUUUUCAAUAAACCAAUAAGUAUAAUAAUAA